AUGUCGAGUAAGAAACGUUCAUCAUUUACCAAGUUGAAAGAUAUUCAAACGGAUUCAUUGGAUAAUGGAUUUGAAGGACAAGUGACAAUUAAUACACGGAUGUUUAUUGACAAAGCUCUUGCUCGUUAUUCAUCUGACUUUAUUAUCUGUCGCGAACUUAUUCAAAACGCAGAUGAUGCACAUGCAACAUGGUUUCAUUUCGAGAUUACAUGUUGUCCAUUGAAAGAUCUAAAAGAUUUUCAAAGUUCUCAAGGUAAUCAUCCAGUUCGACAUCGAUCGACGCAAUUUAUCAGUGAAAUAUCGAAUGCUUUUCGAAUAUUUAAACCCAAUACACUACUUUCUCCAUCAAGUGAAGGAAGUCAUGCACCUAAUAAUGUUUUAUCAGAACGAGAUUUUCAUAACUAUUGUAUUACUGAAAUUCGGGCUAACAAUAAUGGACGUGUAUUUAAUGAAACUGAUUGGGAACGGGUAAUGUCCAUUGCAGAAGGCAAUACUGAUGUCGAUGCAGUCGGUCAAUUUGGUGUUGGAUUUUUCUCCGUUUUUUCUUUAUGUGAAGAGCCAAUAAUCAUAUCCGGAAAUGAGUAUAUGGUAUUCAUGUGGGAAAAUGAUGUUUUAUCAACAGUGAGAAAUGAAAUGUCCGAUGAACAGCAAAAUCAAUCGACUACAAUCAUUCUGACACUAAAGAAUUACUAUAAGUUACUAACUGAUCCAACAUUAACAGCGGGCAAUCAGUCCAAAUCAAAUAAAAAAAUGAGCGAUAUAGAACCAAAAAUCGAUUUAACAGAGCUUAAAACGUAUUUUACAAAAGGUAACUACAUAGUUAUAAUAUAUCUCACGUGGAAUUAUUUAACUGUAAUUGGAGGUGCAGUUUUGAAAGAUUCAUUUACUAAUGAUUUAGAAUUAGGAGAAAAAUCUGUACAGUACCAAUAUAGAUACUGA